GGUGAAGGUCCCUAUUUCCGGGUCAGAUAACUGUUGUCAUGGAGAGAAGGCAGCGGCCUACAGUGAUUCCUCCUUAUGACUCCCGGUAUAGGCCGAGUGUAGAAAAUUCACAAAGCGGCGUUUACAGUGACAAUGACGAGUGGCGACAUUUACAGGCUCAAGAUGCACGUGUAGGCAGUUCUCAACGAUUGGAUUUUAGGGGCAGCUCCAUACCCGAGAACGUCGCGUUUAUACCUCAGCAAGGUGGUGUUCAGUAUGGCGGGUCCCACUCCCAGCACGGAGGAAUCCACCAUGGAAUGCUUCAACAUCAAGGACCCAUACAGCACGAUGGACACCCUCGUAACCUGCCUCAGCACAGAGGAACCCGGCUUGGAGAUCCUCUGCUUGAUAUGCCGCAUCUUGGAGGUGCCCAGCAGGGAGGACCGGAUCCCGGGAUGCCCCAGCACAGAGGACCGGAUCCCGGGAUGCCCCAGCACAGAGGUCCGGAUCCCGGGAUGCCCCAGCACAGAGGUCCGGAUCCCGGGAUGCCCCAGCACAGAGGUCCGGAUCCCGGGAUGCCCCAGCACAGAGGUCCGGAUCCCGGGAUGCCCCAGCACAGAGGUCCGGAUCCCGGGAUGCCCCAGCACAGAGGUCCGGAUCCCGGGAUGCCCCAGCACAGAGGUCCGGAUCCCGGGAUGCCCCAGCACAGAGGACCGCAUCCGGAAGUGCCCCCGCACAGGGGACUGCAUCCUGGGAUGCCACAGCACAUACAACCACAUCCUGGGGUGCCCCAGUUCGGAGGACAACAUCCUGGGGUGCCCCAACACAGAGAACAGCAUCCUGGGGUGCCCCAACACAGAGAACAGCAUCCUGGGGUGCCUCAGUUCGGAGGACCACAUCCUGGGGUGCCCCAUCACGGAGGGACGAAUCCUGGGGUGCCCCAGCAUGGAGGACCACCUAACUUGCAGCCAAACAUGCCUCAGCAUGGAGAAGCCCAACCUGUUUCAACCCUUCAUGGAGAAUUUCAGUUUAACAAAUCCCAGGUUUUCUUCUCUCAAGAAAAUCGUCAAUCUGGCCGUUCCCAUUAUGUUGAUUCUAAUCUAGGCAUGUGUGCUGGUUCACUGUCUCAGGUCUCCAAACCUGGAGCCCCCCAUCAUGAUAAUUCUCAGGCUGGUAUGUAUCAACACAGAGAUAACAAAGCUUUUGUCUCCACACAUGUGAAUUCUCAGUCUGGCAUAUCUCAGCCAAUGAGCUAUCAGUGCAAACCAUCACAGCACAUGACAUUUCACAACACACAACCUACUCCUCCUAGCAACAUUCAACAUGGCACCACAUCAUUGCCUUGUGUAUCCCCUCAGCCACUCCUUGCUCAUCGGGCUCCUAGCCCUCAUUAUAAUAGCAUUCCUCAAAAUAUUCCCAGACAUUUCCCUGAUCCUGCCUCUUCUGCCACUCUCUUACCUUUUAAUGCCAUUCAUGGAGAAGAUGCAGUAUUAGGUGGUCGUGGUAUGUCAGACAUUCACAAACCUGCUCAAGUUUUAGAAAACUUUUUGCAUCAUGAAAGAGAGAAAGUACAGAAUGAAAAAUCUAGAUACCAGGAUAUUUACAAUGAACAUAAAGAGAAUGUUCAUUUCCACCCAGAUGGAAAGCCUGCACAGAUAAGGGAACCCUUUGUACAUUUUGAGAGAACUUAUGUGUCCAAGGAAGGCCAGUUUACACGCCAAGAUAUGCAAGGUGAUUACAACAGUUUAUCGAAAGACAUGUCAGACCCACAAAAAUAUGGACCUGUUUUGUACCAGCAUGGGCUCAAGAUGCAAGGGGAUGGUAAUUAUUUGCACCGUAAUAUACCAAAUUUACAGACAGAAGGUCCUUUUAUGCAGCAGCAACAGCAGCAAAAAGACUUGCAGAGGAGUCAAUCUCUCUUCCAACAGGAUGGACCAAACAUCCAAAGAGAUGGACCUUUUUUGCACGAGCAUGGGCAACGAGCACCAAACACGCAUAUGGAUGAACCUGUGUUAUACCAGCAUGGACCAAAUGUGAUGCAGGAAGGUCUGUUUAGGCCCCAGGAUAUAUCCAACCUAGAAAGUAGAGACGCUUUACUUCACCAGGACAAUGCAAGGGAUGUCUGCAACACUCAUAGUGACUGUGGUAAACCACCAUGGAAAGAUCAGUCUAGUAACCACACAGUUUCUAAUUCAGAUAAUUUCUUCCGACAAUGGCUGAGCAAUUUUCUUGCACAAAGACGAAAGAACCUUUCUUCCAAACCUGAACCUGCAAUUGUCUUAUCUAUAAAAGAUGCUCGAGAGUUAGUUUAUGGGACUUUCAGACUAUUGGCCCAGCUCACUGACCUAUGCAAGUCUCUUGAACAAAGUACUGAAAAUGUAGAUUCUUGGACUCAGAAUUAUCAGAAAGCAGCAAAUGUUCGUGCAGAAUUGGAGAAAAGAAUGAAAACUCUGGAAAAACCUCAAUAUAUUGAAGACAUCAAAAAGAAACUUGACAAGAUAAGAAAAAAGAGACUCCGCCAACAACGUUUGAAACAGGGGACGGAGGAAGAUAAGCAAAAGGCUGAGCUAGCAGCUGAGAAGGAGGCCCGAAUCGACAGGUGGAGAAUGCAACGUGUUCAUGAGGUGGAAGAGAAGAAAAGGGAGCGGGAGCUGAAAGCUGCUGCAGAUAGUGUUUUGUCAGAGGUGAGGAAGAAGCAAGCAGAUGCCAAGAAAAUGCUGGAUGUGCUGCGGUCAUUGGAAAAGCUGAGAAAGCUGAGAAAAGAGGCGGCUGCAAGGAAAGGAGUUUAUCCUCUACCUUCUGAUGAUGAAACAUUUGAAAACCACAUUCGCCGGCUUCGGGCAAUGGUCCAUAAACGCACUGCCCUGUAUGAUGCCGAGGAAAGGGCUCUUAGGGUCAUUUUAGAGGGGGAACAGGAAGAAGAGAGGCAGCGUGAGAAGGAAAAGAGAUUAAAAAAGGAACGAGGGAAGCUACUAAAGCAACAGGAAGAAGUAGAUUCCAUAUUAUUUGGAGAUCCAGAUCCUCUACCGCCUCUCCAUCCACUCCAGCCUUUCCGUCAGUAUCACUUGCAAGCUGAGCAUUCUGUUGUUUCACUCGUUCACAUACGACAUGAGUGGGAUCAGUUCUUGGCUUCUGCUGAACACCCGGAUGCCAGCAGCAUCCCACGUGGUUGGAUACUGCCUGUACCCCCAACUAGUGACACUUGGGCAACAGCUUUACAGCAGUCUGAGUGAGGAGAAACAGACUGAUUUUAUGGUCUCCAGCAUUAACAAGAAGAUAAGACACAUGCUUACGACAGGGCCUAUACGGAAUGAGUAGAUUUUGUAUUAACUUCAUACAUUGAAGGGUCACUACAGUAAGAAUUAAUUUAUACAAAUAAGAAAACAAGACAUCAUAUUAGAGAAUUCUAUUAACUCACACAGUCAAUAACAAACAUGCUCCAAUAUUUUUAAGGAAAUCAGUAGGUGCCCAUUUUCCUCUAUUUUAUGGUUAGAAAAUUGCCUUUGUGAAGCACGUGAAUAGGAUUGGUAAGUUACUUAUUGAAAGGGUCAAACCAUGGCAAGAGAUGGAUUUAGACCUUUUGGGAAAUAAAACAUAAAUGGCCAGUAGAGGGCAGAUAUAUAAUGGGAAAAGAAAAAAAAACUACAUGUGGGUUUUAUUUGGUCCAUCUUUAUACUUCUGUAUGAACAAUAUGUGAUCUGAUUGUAGUGUCCCUAUUUAUAAAGCAUAGAGGCUUCAUCUAUAUAGACCUUUCCUGGAGGGUGGAUAUACUGUUGAUGCAGUCUUACACAAACGCACAGGCAUACCUGUUCACUUGAAGUUAUGUGCAACUGUAUACUGUAGCCCCAAUCAUUCAGCUACUUGGUGUGAGAAUCCUGUUGUCAUCCAUUAAGCUGAGUGAUCACAGCAGAAUGAUAUAUGAACUUGGGGGCAAAAUGGUGGUUGUGAUUCUAAUAUACUGUAUGAAUUCCUCAAAAUGAUAGUUGUGCCUUUAAAGGGAUACUAAACUAUUAUUUUUUUCUUUCAUGAUUCAGAUAGAGCAUGAGAUUUUAAGCAACUUUCUAAUUUACUCCUAUUAUCAAUUUUU